CACCAUGCUGACUUUGUGUAAAGACCAAGUAAAGUGCACUUAAACACUCACCUGAGAGGUUCCUGGUCUCUCCAAGAAGCAUGCGUCUCCUCUUCUUUAUCCUUCUUGGACUCCUUCUCACAUUUUGUUCACCUCCACACCUUUUCCCCUCCGUGGCGUGCUCGCGACUGUGCCCUCGUCUGUGCCUCUGUCACGAACACACUGACCUGGUGGACUGUAACGGCCAGGGGCUGGAGCACGUUCCCAGGGGUCUCCCGCACGGCACCUGGCUGCUUGAGCUGGGAAGCAACAACCUGAGCGAGAUUUGCACCAGGGCCUUCAGCGGGCUGUGGUCCUUACGAGUGUUAUUGUUGGCCCACAGUCAGAUACGGGACAUUCAGCCACAGGCGUUCUUCUCACUGUCCUACCUGGAGAAGUUGGAUCUCAGCUGGAACCAACUCACCAGCCUCCCUGCGGACUUCUCCACAAGUCUGUCUGCUGUCAGGGAUCUGCGACUGCAACACAACCACCUAUGUCAUCUGUCUGCAUUCAGCUUUGAGCAUCUGGACAACAUGGAGAAGCUGGACCUCAGUCAUAACUGUUUAGUGUCGGUUGGCCCCGGUGUGUUCAGGGGCCUCUCGAGACUCAGACAACUCUACAUGCACAACAACAGACUGGCUGUCUUGCACCAAGGGAGCCUUGAUAUGAUGCCUGCACUCGAGGUGCUUCAGCUAAGUCAAAACAACAUCUCUCAGAUCGACACCGAUGCUCUGGCGUCUCUCUACAGCCUGGCAGUUCUCGCCCUGGGGGGAAACAACCUGCGUCACUUGAAAUUCAAAACCUUGCUCAGUCUGCACACAACUGCUACACACAUCCAGCUGGCAGGCAACCCCUGGAGCUGCGACUGCGACCUGCACCGCGUCUUCAGCAAGAUCCUGCAUGUCCGUCAUCUCCACAUCGACGACUACUCGAACGUGACCUGCCACGACCCGCCGCAGCUCGCCGGGGCUUCGCUGGCUUGGGUGGACAGCCGGCUGUGCAUCGCAGAGACCGCCACCGUGCUCGUCAUCACCGUCACCGUGCUGGUCACGGUGGUGGCGGCCGUGGUCAUGGCGGAAAGGAACAGGAAGAGGAACAACGGCAAGAGUUGGGACACCGAAUCCCAGAACCAAAGCCACAGUCCUCCAUCAUGAGAAGAUCGAGAUUGUCAGAAAAAUUGUAUGUAAAUUAUCAAAAAACCUUCCGUUCUGAGUUCCCAAUGAACAGACAAGAGGCUGUCUUUGUUGCACCAAGCAAAAGCUUGGAAAAUUCCAUUGUGUACGAUGGGAGGAGACGGCAUGGGGGUUAUCUAUUGUCAUCGAAGACCUGCUCAAGCUGAAUCCAGGACUAGCCCAAGCCCGAGGCAUCUUUUUCUUUUGUGUUAAUGUGACCGAAAACAAUGACUGUUUACAUACUCCCCAUUCCUUUAGAAACAGAUGUUAUGUAAACAGGGAAAGUCCAAAUAAAAAGAGGUGGCGUACAAUCUUUCGCCAGA